UUUUUUUUGGCACGUAAAAAUUUUGUUUUUAGUUAUGAGCUUUAUGGAAUGGAUAUUCUCGUUGAUAGCAAUUUACGCCCUUGGCUAAUUGAGAUGAAUAUAAGCCCUUCUCUUCAUUCUUCAACACCUUUGGAUAUUGCAGUAAAAGCCCCACUAGCAAAAGACACGCUUAUUUUGGCUGGAAUUCCGUUUCCAGUAAGCAAUGAAGAUGAAGACUUCUUUUCCUCUCUUUACUUCCUUACAAGAAAUUUGAAGGCUCACAAAGAUGAAGAACAUUUGGAAAAAGAAGCGACUCAUUUGGAAUAUUUUAAUGAAAAUAAGGAAAUUCGUGAAGAUAUUUGUGAUGUUCUGACUGGUUCUGAUUUACGAAUUUUAAUUGAAUUUGAAGACGAAUUAACUCGAAUUGGUGAAUUUGAAUUGGUUUAUCCUUCAACAAAAUUAAAUUAUUUAAAAUAUAUGAGGUUACCUCUAUAUUCAAAUUUACUUCUUUCAUUUUGGCAAAAAAUUAAAAAAGAAGAAAAAAUGAUAAAAAUGAAAGAAAUUUCAAAAUUGUGUUCAAAAAAAGAACAUUUGGCUAAAAUAAAUAAAAUUAAUUGGAGGGAGGAGGAGGAAGAAGAAAAUGUGGAAGAAAAUUAA